AUGCUCCUCACUCAGCUCCCCCGGGCCGUGGCGGGCUCCAGCCGCGCGGUGUGGGCCACUCGUGCCGUCCCCCGCAUGACGACGCCGGUUUUCCGUGCGCAGGCGGUUCCCCUCGCAAGGCGGUUCCAGUCCACCAAGCCCGAGGUGACCAUCUUGGGCAAGACGUACCCGCGCGACGAGUGGAGCAACACGCCCGCUGCGAUCCAGGAGAAGCUGGGGCGGAACCUGCACUUGACGCAGGGCCACCCGCUGUCGACUCUGCGCGAGAUCAUCGAGGGCCACUUUGCGGGCUACACGGCCGUCCGCCCCGACUCGCCAGUGGUGACGGUGCACCAGAACUUUGACGAGCUGGGGUUCCCGCCCGACCACCCGGGCCGCUCCAAGACGGACACGUACUAUGUGAACGGCACGCACAUGCUGCGCACACACACGUCGGCGCACGAGGUCGAGGCGUACAAGACGGGCGCGGACGCGUUCCUCAUCGCUGCAGACGUGUACCGCCGCGACGAGAUUGACUCGUCGCACUACCCCGUCUUCCACCAGAUGGAGGGCAUGCGCCACUGGACGCAGGACCAGCUUCCGGGGCUCAUUGAGGAGAACAAGCGGCUGGAGAAGGAGCUGUCGCAGAUCCCGAUUGUCAUCGAGGACACGUCCACCAUCGGCCCCGAGAACCCGCUGCAGGACUGCCAUGACCCCGUCAUCGCGACUGAGAUGGCCAAGAACCUCAAGCACUCGCUCAACGGCAUGAUCUUCAAGCUCUUUGGCGACGCGGCCGCCCGGUCCGGCGAGCCGCUCAAGGUGCGCUGGAUCGACGCGUAUUUCCCGUGGACGACCCCGUCGUUCGAGGUCGAGGUGUGGUACAACGGCGAGUGGCUCGAGAUCCUCGGCUGCGGUGUCGUCAUCCAGAAGACGCUCGAGCGCGGCGGCGUCGGCCACAAGAGUGGCUGGGCGUUUGGUCUGGGUCUCGAGCGCAUCGCCAUGGUCCUCUUUGGCAUCCCCGACAUCCGGCUGUUCUGGUCCACCGACCCGCGCUUCCUGGACCAGUUCGCCACCGGCGACAUCACCACGUUCAAGCCGUACUCGCGCUACCCGCCUUGCUACAAGGACAUGAGCUUCUGGCUGCCCGACUCGGUCAAGCAGGCCUCGGCGGCGGAGAUUCUGCCCUGGCACGAGAACGACUACUGUGAGAUUGUGCGCGACGUCGCUGGCGACCUCGUCGAGAACGUGUCCCUCAUCGACGAUUUUACCCACCCCAAGUCGGGCCGCCGCUCGCUCUGCUACCGCCUCAACUACCGCAGCAUGGACCGCAACCUCACCAACGAAGAGGUCAACGUCCUGCAGGACCAGGUCCAGAAGCGCGUCAUCCAGGACAUGGGUAUUGAGAUGCGUUGA